AAGAAAGAAAGUCAAACAUUAAGAACUGCGUGUUUACAUCACUUUGAUUUUCUCUCUUUAAUGCUUUAAACAAGAGUGUAAUCUGUGUUUAUUUUUUGUUUAGGCGUUGAUGAUGACGUCACAGGCUGACGGGAUGUGCUCCAGACAUACUGAAGACUCACAGCUCAGCCUCACUUUACUCUGUUAUACUGACACAAACCCCACAGACGCUCAGGACACUGUGUGUGACAGUAAUCACACCUUGAAUCAGGAUGAAUCUACUGAUCAAACCUCCACAGAGUCUCUGGAUUCUGUCUGUAACGCUGGAGAACAGCAGAUCCUGAACACCAGACCACUCAACAUGUGUUUUGUCAGAUUGAUGGACUGCAGGAAACUGAUGGAGAUGAAAAAACAAACAACAGAAGAAGAAGAAGAUCACACUGAUGAAGAUGAGAAUCAUGAAGAUGAUGAUGAUGAAGAUGAAGACGACGAUGAUUUUAUUCCCUCAGAUGAGAGCAGUGAAACGGAAGAGAUUCAAAGGAAGGAAAAAAAGCACGAGUGUCCUCACUGUGAGAAGAGAUUUUACACUGCAUAUUAUUUUGAAAGACACAUGCGCGCACACACUGGUGAGAAACUGUUUCUGUGCAGCGAAUGUGGAAAAACAUUUACAAAUUCAAGUAAUUUAAAAUCACACCAAAAAAUACACACUGAGAAGCUCCAUCAGUGUUCACACUGUGACAAACGUUUCCAUUCGAAGUCAUAUUUGAUGGUUCAUGAGAGAAUUCACACUGGAGAGAAACCUUUCCUCUGCUCCGAGUGUGGAAAGAGUUUUACUAAUUCAGCUGCUCUCACAGAUCAUCAGAGAGUUCACACUGGAGAAAAACCUUAUCUCUGUAGUGUUUGUGGAAAGAGCUUUAGAAAAUCACGUUCUUUCAAGAAUCAUCAGAGAGUUCACACGGGAGAAAAACCUCAUCACUGCAGUUUUUGUGGGAAGCGUUUUAGUCGACAUGACAAUUUGAAGACACACGAGAGACUUCAUACUGGAGAAAAACCUUACAAAUGCUGUCAGUGUGACAAGGCGUUUACUCAGCGAGUUCUUCUGAAACUCCAUCAGAAAGUUCACACUGGAGAGAAAUCCACCAGAUUUAAACAAGAGUUUUAUCUCUGUUUGUAUUUUUGUGUUCAGGUGCUGAUGAUGACGUCACAGGUGGAUGGGAUGCGCUCCAGACACACACAGGACUCAGAGCUCAGCCUUAUUUUACUCUGUUAUAGUGACACAAACCCCACAGACGCUCAGGACACUGUGUGUGACAGUAAUCACACCUUGAAUCAGGAUGAAUCUACUGAUCAAACCUCCACAGAGUCUCUGGAUUCUGUCUGUAACGCUGGAGAACAGCAGAUCCUGAACACCAGACCACUCAACAUGUGUUCUGUCAGAUUGAUGGACUGCAGGAAACUGAUGGAGAUGAGAAGACAAACCAUAGAAGAAGAAGAACAUCACACGGAUGAAGAUGAGAAUCAUCAUGAUGAUGAUGAAGACGAUGAUUUUAUUCCUUCAGAUGAGAGCAGUGAAACAGAAGAGAUUCAAAGGAAGGAAAAAAAGCACGAGUGUCCUCACUGUGAGAAGAGAUUUUACACUGCAUCUCGUUUUGAAAAACAUGUGCGUUUACACACUGAUGAGAAACGGUUUCUGUGCAGCGAAUGUGGAAAAACAUUUAAAAAUUCAGGUUAUUUAAAAUUACACCAAAAAAUACACUCUGAAAAGCUCCAUCAGUGUUCACACUGUGACAAACGUUUCCAUCAGAAGUCAUAUUUGAUGGUUCAUGAGAGAAUUCACACUGGAGAGAAACCUUUCCUCUGCUCCGAGUGUGGAAAGAGUUUUACUCGCAAGAAUAAACUCACAGAUCAUCAGAGAGUUCACACUGGAGAAAAACCUUAUCUCUGCAAUGUUUGUGGGAAGAGCUUUACUCGGUCUGGUGCUUUCAAAGAUCAUCAGAGAGUUCACACGGGAGAAAAACCUCAUCACUGCAGUUUUUGUGGGAAGCGUUUUAGUCGACGUAACAAUUUGAAGACACACGAGAGACUUCAUACUGGAGAAAAACCUUACAAAUGCUGUCAGUGUGACAAGGCGUUUACUCAGCGAGUUCUUCUGAAACUCCAUCAGAAAGUUCACACUGGAGAGAAAUCCACCAGAUAAUCUGAGGAGGGACAUUCACUUAUUAAGAAGGUUUCAUGUUCAACAGAACAUAAACAAUCCGUCAGAAAACACCUUCUUAAAAGAUGUACACAAACACACAGAAGCCAGAUAAGAUCUAAAUCCAAUGCAGAUUUAUAUAUCAGAACAGUUGAUGUGGUGUUCAGUUUUCCAGGAUCAUUCAGUUCAGUUUAAUAAUGAGAUAAUAAUGUACAUAUUUCUGAUUCUAUCUAGUCCGUGACAUAAAUCACAAUCUUUGUUAAAAUGUAUAUUAUCUUUGCUUUGGACAGUCGUUUGCUGUUAUUUGAAAUGAAUUGAAUGUGUGCAUUUAUAUCUGCAAGAUGUAUUUUCUGAUUGUUUGCUCAUUUGCAAUAAGUCUCUGAGAUGUCUGCUGUCAGAUGUCAUAUAAACAUCUAGAAGACGUCUGAAAGAUGUAAAUGAUUUAGAAUGGAUGUAAAACUGCAUUUUCUAAGAAGCUUAUACCACCUACGUAAUAAAUUCUUAAUAUUUAA